AGGAGGUGAAGAGGAAGCUUCCAGGUCUCUUCCCUUCACCCUAGAAAUCCAGAUAUCCCCCCCCCCCCCAUCCCCAGAGAACUUUGAGAUACUGUCCUUGCUGUUCGCUGGCCUGGCGGACCAUGGCUCCCUUUGGAAGGAACUUGCUGAAGACUCGGCAUAAAAACAGAUCUCCAACUAAAGACAUGGAUUCAGAAGAGAAGGAAAUUGUGGUUUGGGUUUGCCAAGAAGAGAAGAUUGUCUGUGGGCUAACCAAACGCACCACCUCUGCUGACAUCAUCCAGGCUUUGCUUGAGGAACACGAGACUACAUUUGGAGAGAAACGGUUUCUUCUGGGGAAGCCCAGUGAUUACUGCAUCAUAGAAAAGUGGAGAGGCUCUGAACGGGUUCUUCCCCCACUAACAAGAAUCCUGAAGCUUUGGAAAGCAUGGGGAGAUGAGCAGCCUAAUAUGCAGUUUGUUUUGGUUAAAGCAGAUGCUUUUCUUCCAGUUCCCUUGUGGCGGACAGCCGAAGCCAAAUUAAUGCAAAACACAGAAAAACUGUGGGAGCUCAGCCCAGCAAAUUACAUGAAGACGUUACCACCAGAUAAGCAAAAGAGAAUAGUCAGAAAAACUUUCCGGAAACUGGCUAAAAUUAAGCAGGACACAGUUUCCCAAGAGCGAGAUAGUAUGGAGACAUUAGUUCAUCUGAUUAUUUCCCAGGAUCAUACUAUUCAUCAACAAGUCCAGAGAAUGAAAGAGCUGGAUCUGGAAAUUGAAAAGUGUGAAGCUAAAUUCCACCUCAACCGGGUAGAAAAUGAUGGAGAAAAUUAUGUCCAGGAUGCAUAUUUGAUGCCCAGUUUCAGUGACGUUGAGCAAAAACUAGGCUUGGAGUAUGAUGAAAACCAGAUUCUGGAGGACCUGAGAGAAAGUGAUGGAAUUGUACAGCUGGAGGAACGACUAACAUAUUAUAGGAAGCUCAUUGAUAAGCUCUCUGCCGAAAUAGAAAAAGAGGUAAAAAGUAUUUGCACGGAGAUAAAUGAAGAUGUGGAAGGGGCAGCUGCAAGUGAACUUGAAGGCUCUAAUUUAGAAAGUGUUAAGUGUGAUUUGGAGAAAAGCAUGAACGCUGGUUUGAAAAUCCAUUCUUACUUGAGUGGCAUCCAGAAAGAGAUUAAAUACAGUGACUCGUUGCUUCAGAUGAAAGCUAAAGAAUAUGAGCUCCUGGCCAAGGAGUUCAGUUCCCUUCACGUUAGCAACAAAGAUGAAUGCCAGCUAAAGGAAAACAGAGGAAAGGAAUCUGAGGUCCCUACCAGCAGUGGGGAGGUUCCUCCUUUUACUCAAAGAGUAUUUAACAUGUAUUCAAAUGACACAGACUCGGACACCGGUAUCAGCUCUAACCACAGUCAGGACUCAGAAACAACUGUAGGAGAUAUGGUGCUGUUGUCAACAUAAUUUGAAUGGCUUCUUUCUGACCUACUUUAAUGUUGUUCGUGUUGGUUUAAUUUAGUAGGAAACUUUAAAUAUUCCAUUCUGCAAAAAAAGGGAAAUCAUGUUAAAGUGUUCAGUAGUUAAUAAGAACUAGAGAAUUUUGUAAGUUUUUGAUUUCAGAGUUCCAA